AGAGGAGGAGGAGGAGGGAGUUUGAGAAAUAGCUUAAAACAGUGAGAACUGCAGACAUUGUGAGCACAUGGAAAGAGCCAGAGCAGCGCUAACAGAAAACUUUAAGAAAACAAACUAAGCAGCAUCAAAAGAGACAUGGGAUCACUUUGUGGAAACCUGGCUGUACUUCUCCUCUUCCUCUCACCUCUAAUGCACUCCCACCUCUUCGCUCGUGCUUCUACAUCUUCCCCACCCACCACUCGCAAGAAGAUCAUAAUCAUGAAAGACUUUCCCUUAGUUAACACCAGCACUGAUUAUGAUGACUACAGUAUUAUUCCUGAAGUGGUGCCCUCUGUUAAACAUCCCCGUUUGCACAAUGAACCCGGGACUACAGCCUGUAACUACAAUUCCUGCCUGGAAAAUCAGGAGCCCUGUGAAAUGAUCAAAGCUAGAGAAGGGUGUCUCUGCCCUGGGCGGAGUGGUGAGGACAGGCCUCCUCAUGCUCCACGUAUCAAAGCACUGCAGCCAAUCACCACAGGGGAAAAUGCAGGGAAGGUAGAAGUGCAGUGGUGCGCUCCUGACUCAGAUGUUUCCUCCUACAAGGUGAUUGUAGAGGGAAGUGGCAGCGAUUUGGAGUUUGGGAAUGGUGCCCGACGAGGCAUGGUGGGAUAUCUGGAGGUGGGGACAAAGGUUUGCGUGGAAGCAAUAAACAAAGCAGGACACAGCAGUUACUCUGACUUCUCCUGUAAGCGGUACGAACGUCCUGAAUCUUUGGAGCUCAAACUGCUGGCUGGGGUCAUAGGAGGAGGAAUCGUCUUAAUUCUGCUUCUUAUUAUAGUAGCUGUGGUCCUCUGUAGGAGAAAACUGUGUCAGAAAGCACAGAGGGAAUCAGUCAGUGGACUGGGAAACCCCUCUUACAAAUCAGAAAGAGCAUCAUGAACCAGAAAAAAGAAAUGUGGACAGGUCAAUCCAGUCAAGUUAAUUAAUAACAAAAGAUUAAUAGUUUUUAAUGGUGUGUCUUAUAACAAAUACAUGGUUUAAACUCUUGUUUCAAAGAAUCUGCACACAAUCAUGCAAAAAUCAGUGAAAUAUGACUAACAUUUGCUGUUUUGUUGUACGUUUUACAGGGUUGUUUGCAGGCGAAUUAACCUUAGUAGAUUAAUUUUACAGGAUUUUGUUGUUGUUUUUUUGUUAAGCUUCCAUAUUAAUUGUGUUUUUCUAGAGUGCUGACUGAAAUUGUUUUAAUUAAAUUAUUUUUUUAUAAAA